AACGCCAAGGAGAUUUGCUCUGGUUAAAAGACUUGCCAUCAUUACCCGAGCUACAUCAACACUGACAACAACGUAUAUUACAAUUCUUCAUGUCAACUCAUAGCGAGGAUCCGUCAGAGUACAAAGACGCGUUGACAUCGGCGUCCGACUCACCCAGUUCCAGUCCGCCAACAGGCUCGCCUCCAGACUUCCACAUCCCGGAAGCAAAGGACGGGUUCUUUGGCUACAGCGAUGAAAAGAGUCUCGCACAGAUAGAAGAAAAACGUUACGUUCAGCGACGCAGUUCGGACGCAACUGCCCCCUCAAGACCAAUCUCCAUGCUUGGUUCUCCCAUAGUCGGCCGCACUCAAGUCGUUGACGCACAUGCCAAUGAGGCCCCUAUAGUCGGAAGCUUCAAGCUCUCCGUGUCGGACUUGUCUCCUAUGCCAAAGUUGAAGGACCUUCACAAGGAGGACGGUCGUCCCGCAACCCACGUUGAAGCACACCUCGGCACCAAAAUAGACUCUACGCUCCAGUCUGAGUUUGUCUCUAUCUUCGAAUCUCUUAGGAAAUGCUUAGAGCUGCGUGACAAGUACAUGCUUGUCUCUGGUCAACGACUCGGCUUCAAUCCCAAAGACCACGAUGGUCUUUUCAACGGAUUACCGGAUGACGUGUCCGAUGUCUCUGGUAUUAGACCGGAUGUCGACCCGGUUUCCUUCAAGGAACCCUUGAUAUCUCCGUUUGCUUCAUGGAGAACCUACCCUAAGCCGCCUCCGCCGCAUUGGCAUUGGAAGGAUAGAAAUAUCGUUUCUCAGGAUUCAUCUGAAGAGGAAGAGUUCGUCUUUGAAGAAUGCAAGAUCCCAGGUGCACAUAAAUGGGACUUUGAGAUUGACGAGAAAGGCAUCUUCCAAGUGUACGAGGAAGUUGACGAUUCCGAGCGACAACCUCGGUUCAACAUUCCGAAUAUCCGAGAAUAUUUCAUUGAUUUAGAAUAUGUCCUUGGUGUCAUCUCAGAUGGACCUACCAAAAGCUUCGCUUUCCGACGGCUGAAUUACCUAGCAAACAAGUUCCAGAUGUACAGUCUUCUGAACGAGUUCCAGGAAUUGGCUGAUCUGAAGCGAGUACCACAUCGUGACUUUUAUAACGUCCGAAAGGUCGACACGCACGUGCACCACUCUAGUAGCAUGAACCAAAAACAUCUGCUUCGUUUCAUCAAGUCCAAAAUGAAAAGGAGUCCAAAUGACGUAGUCAUUUUCCGAGAUGACAAAGAACUUACUCUUACAGAAGUCUUCCAGUCCCUCCAUCUCACAGCAUAUGAUCUAAGUAUCGACACGCUUGACAUGCAUGCACAUCAAGAUUCCUUCCAUCGGUUUGACAAGUUCAAUUUGAAGUAUAACCCAAUUGGAGAGUCAAGGUUGAGGGAGAUCUUCUUGAAGACGGACAAUUAUAUUCAGGGCAUGUACUUGGCUGAGUUGACCAAAGAGGUCAUGACUGAUUUGGAACAGAGCAAGUACCAGAACUGCGAGUGGCGGAUCAGUAUCUAUGGACGAUCAACUGACGAAUGGGACAAACUCGCAAAAUGGGUCAUCAACAAUAAGCUCUUUUCGCAUAAUGUCCGUUGGUUGAUACAGGUCCCUCGACUAUACGACGUCUAUAAGCUAAACGGGUCUAUUAACACCUUUGAGGACAUCAUUCUCAAUGUCUUCCAACCUCUCUUUGAGGUUACUAAAAACCCAUCUUCCCACCCCGAACUUCACGUCUUCCUCCAGCGUGUGGUUGGGUUUGAUAGUGUCGAUGACGAGUCCAAAACCGAAAGGAGAUUCCACAAGAAAUUCCCAUACCCGAAACUGUGGGAUGCCAAAGAAUCACCGCCAUAUUCAUAUUGGUUGUAUUAUUUGUUUGCGAAUCUCGCCAGUUUGAAUCAUUGGCGUAGGUCGCGAGGAUUUAAUACGUUUGUCUUCCGGCCUCAUUGUGGUGAAGCAGGCGACACGGACCACCUGACAUCCGCUUUCCUCACCGCUCAUUCCAUCUCUCAUGGGAUCCUUCUCCGCAAAGUUCCUGCUCUUCAAUAUCUCUUUUACUUGAAGCAGAUUGGAUUAGCGAUGAGUCCCUUAAGCAAUAACGCGCUAUUUUUGACCUAUGAGAGGAAUCCUUUGCCGGAUUUCUUCAAAGUCGGAUUGAAUGUCAGUUUGAGUACGGAUGAUCCGUUGCAGUUCCAUUUUACAAAGGAACCAUUGUUGGAAGAAUACUCUGUUGCUGCCCACAUCUACAAGUUUCCCCAGAGUUCGCUAGCAGAACUCGCUCGGAACUCUGUUGUACAGAGCGGCUUCGAAAUGGAGAUCAAACGUCAUUGGCUCGGACAGAAGUGGUAUCUUCCGGGUGCCGCUGGAAAUGAUAUUCACAAGACUAAUGUUCCGGACCUCCGACUGGAAUAUAGACGUCAAACGCUGAUCGACGAAUUAGGGAUGAUCGGGGCUACCACCGCAGGCGGAGGAUGAGCCAUCCCUGUCGGUUUGGGGACAGUGUCUUAGACUCGCUCGUAUCUCUAGAGCUCUCCGAAAUGAACGCGUUUGGUUUUUUUGGGCAGAUCCUUGUUUUCCGGACGGAACUGGCGGAGGGACGUCACUGGGAGAUCUGAUCGGCGAUGGCUCCUUGUGAUUUUUGGUGAUGACUCAUCUGUUUUACGAGCACCACCGCCGCAGCGAGAUACGUAUCUGAGAUCUAUUUUGUGCCGUCCACGUUCGUCAUGCACAGUUCAUGCACUAAUCCUACCUUGCGGUCCAACUAAUGGAUCUAAUUUCCAUGUCAUUGUCUUGAACAUUCCUGUAUCACAAUUACCUCAUCAUGACCACCGAAGGUGAGGGGUCGACAACGACCCACCCUUCACAGUCUCUC